UGGAGAAAAAGGCGUCGCAUCAAUUUGCAACGGAGGCGGUGGUGCGUCAUCAAUCUUGAUUGAGAAAUUGUAAGUUCGUAAAUCAUCACGGUGAUCCAACAUCAUCAACGAUAUAAAUCAUGUAUAAAGAAAAGUAUCAUCCGAUAUCUUCCCCACCAAAAUUAACAUUGUACACAAAAAGUCCGUGUCCACUUUGCGACAUUUUAAAGAACGAGCUACAUUUUCGUUUUGCCGAUCGUUAUCAAUUGGAAGAAAUUGACAUCGCUGCGCAAGGAAACAAACAGUAUUUUAAUUUGUAUAAAUACGAUAUACCAGUCCUUUUUUUAGAAGGUCAGUAUUUGUGCAAACAUCGAUUAGACGCCGACUUGUUAGAAAGGAGACUUGAUGAAUUAAUUUCAAGAAAAGAUAAAUGCACGCAUUAAGAUGCUAAAACUAGGAUCAUAGACCUUCAAAUUUAUUAUGUGUAUGUGUGCGUGCGUGCGUGCGUGUUGUGUACACGCACGCGUAUGUAUCGAUUUUAUUAUAUGGCAUAUACAUAUGUAUAUAUAAAAAUCACAUGUUUCUUUUUUACAUUUGUUUAUUGGGCCUUGUAAUAUUCGAUUUCUUUAGCGAAAUAAAAAAAACAGAUAAUGUA